AUGGACACUUGUUCGAACGCGAACUUCAUCACAGAAGAAAUCGCUAUGAGGCUGCGCUUACCGUGCAAGCAGACAUCCGUAGCAAUCGAAGCACUCAACGAGUUGAACACAAUCACGAGUAGACUCGUCUCAGCCACAAUCAGAUCGCGAGUAUCAACCUAUCAAAGGACUCUAACGUUUCACAUUAUCUCGAAAAUCUCAGGUCCUCUGCCGAACGUCCCAAUCGACCGCUCGAACCUCACGAUUCCAUCAAACAUCAAACUCGCGGAUCCGAAUUUUCACCAACCAGCGGCCAUCGACAUGCUGAUUGGUACCGGCACGACGCUUUCGUCGCUCAGCAUCGGACAAAUCGAUUUGUCUCAGCCUAACGGAUCGGAUCUGGUUCUUCAAAAGACGCAACUAGGAUGGAUUGUCGGGGGGAGUGUGCCGAUCGCCGCACCACAAUCAAAACGGAGCACGUUUCUAACGUCGUUGGAUUUCGAGAUGAGGAGAUUCUGGGAAGUAGAAGAGGGAUCAAACGCACAGCAUCUCUCUUCGGAGGAACGGGAAUGCGAGGAACAUUUUUCCCAUCAGGUACGACGCGACGCAUCCGGACGCUACAUCGUGGCACUUCCCUUCAAUGAGCAGCAGCAGCGACUUGGAGGAUCGCGAUCGCGCGCGCUCCAUCGGUUAUUCUCAUUAGAGCGGAAGUUUGAUCGGAAUCCAACUUUAAAGGCCGACUACGCCGCGGUCCUUGAUGAAUAUCGCGCGCUCGGUCACAUGACGCAGGUAGAGUCCUUCGACUCCCCAGGCUUCUACUUGCCUCAUCACGCGGUCAUAAAGCCCUCGAGCUCGACAACAAAGGUUCGUGUGGUUUUCGACGGCUCAGCUAAGUCGAGUAGCGGUCUGUCACUUAACGACGCUUUGAUGACGGGCCCGACAUUACAAGAUGAUCUUUUUUCGUUACUGCUGCGAUUUCGCCUGUAUGCGUAUGUUCUCACCGGCGACAUUGAGAAAAUGUAUCGUCAAUUCCUCGUGCGACCAGAAGACCGAUCAUUUCAGCGCAUCUUGUGGAGGGAUCAGCGAAACCGCAUAGCGACGUACGAGUUAAACACCGUCACAUUCGGGUUGACUUCGGCACCCUAUCUGGCUACGAGAUGUUUGCAGCAAUUAGCGACCGACGAACAAAUGGAGUUUCCAAUUGCCUCACUCGUCAUCAAACGGGACAUGUACGUCGACGAUUUAUUAACGGGCGCCAAUACCAUUGAGGAAGCGAACGAGUUGCAGACCCAAAUUCUCGGUAUGCUCCAACGUGGAGGCCUUAACAUACGCCAAUGGGCCUCUAACGAACCGCGACUCCUCACGGGACUCGGCGAGGAUCAGAUUCAUCCCAAGAUUUUAGGCGAUUCAAGUGUAAUGAAGACUCUCGGUAUUACUUGGGACGCUCGAAACGACAGCAUUUCGUACUUCGUUGAAUCUCCGACGGCGAUAAAACCCACUAAGCGAUCGAUCUUGUCAACCAUUGCAAAGAUCUUCGAUCCGCUCGGGUUGCUCGGUCCUGUGGUGAUCACAGCGAAGAUCAUCAUGCAGCGUUUGUGGCAACUCAAUAUUGAUUGGGACGAAUCAUUGCCAGCCAGCAUCCACACUGAAUGGACUACUUUCUUCAAUCAAUUGCAGCAUCUAAACAACGUUUCGUUCGUGAGGAAUGUAGUUCAACGCAACAGUCGACAAGUGGAGCUACACGGUUUUUGUGAUGCUAGCGAGCGGGCAUACGGAGCGUGUAUUUACGUGCGUUCAAUCGACAACAACGGUCACGUCGAAACCAACCUUCUCUGCGCGAAAUCUCGGGUUGCACCACUGAAGACAAUCACUCUCGCGCGGUUGGAAUUGUGCGGUGCCGCGUUGUUAGCAGUUUUGUACACGACAGUUCGAGCAGCGAUUCUCCAUCAAAUCGAUAAAACCAUUCUUUGGACCGAUUCAACGAUCGUUUUGAACUGGAUAAAUAAGCAACCAUGUACACUUAAAACCUUUGUGGCUAAUCGGGUAUCCGACAUACAGCAAAGGACAGAGGUCACCAGCUGGCGACACAUCAAUUCGGAGGACAAUCCAGCGGAUGUACUAUCUCGAGGACAGACUCCCAGGCAAUUCGAGCAAAGAUCCAACUGGUUGCAUGGUCCCGAAUGGCUCUCGACAUCCGAAGAGAAUUGGCCACCAUCGAAGUUCCUCAUUCAGAACGAGGUGCCCGAACUCAAACAGAUUACCUGCCUGAUUGCGACUACAAAACACGACGACGAAAUACUACAACGAUACUCGUGUAUUAGAAAACUAAGGCGCAUUACAGCGUACGUUUUACGAUUCGGCCGACGUAACCGCCGAAAGGGUUCCUUGACGGUGGAAGAGCUGCAAGAAGCAAGCAGCUGCCUCAUUCGGCUUCUACAAGCAACUGCAUUUCCCGAUGAGAUCCGCCAAUUAGGCAACAAAGGCAAUUUACCUUCAAACAGCAAACUCCUUCCCCUGAAUCCAUUCCUCGACGAUCAGGGAAUUAUUCGGGUGGGAGGUCGGCUACAAAAUUCGACCCUUACCUAUGCACGGAAGCAUCCGAUCCUUCUGCCAAAGGGUCAUCACAUCACCGAUCUCAUAAUUCGGGAUACGCAUCGCGCGAAUCACCACGAAGGCAUCACUUCCACCCUGAACAGUGUGCGGCAAGCCUAUUGGCCCAUCGAUGGAAGGAAUGCUACACGAAAGGUCGUCCGACAAUGCGUCAGAUGCUUUCGUUUUCGCCCACCGUCUACGGAUUACAUCAUGGGAAAUCUUCCAGCAUCGCGUGUGACGGAAAAUCGUCCAUUUUUCAACAGCGGCGUCGACUAA